AUGCCACAUUUUAAAGUUGGGGAAUAUAUGAAAAAGUGCAAAGAAGUGCGCAAUGCGGGUUUCAUGACAAAGAGAAACCUUAGAGACGCUCAAGCAGAAGUUUCUCAGUUAGAAAUGGAGCUACAGAGGAAAGAUAAACUAUUACGAGGUUUACAAGAACGAAAGAGACGCAUGGAUGCCAAGGUAUGGACUUCAUUAGUAUAUUCUUGUUUACUUAUUGUAUAGUUUUAAAGGGCAUUAUAAUAUGCAACAUGAGCAGUCGUAAUGUAUAAUUUUAUAGGUACAGUCACAGAGCAUUUACAUUUACAGGUUUUUUCUGCAGAUGAUAUGUUGUGUAUUGAAUAUACAGCUUAUUUUUAUUACUUAUAUGUACUGUAGAUUUCCAAUUUGGAAGAUGAGGUUGAUAGCUUGCCAGAGAAGUCCAGGUUUACCCAGUGUAGCAUUCUAUCAGAUAGAGCAGUGGAGAGUAGAAAGAAACAUCCUACAAGGUUUCAAAAUAAGAAAUUCUCAUCUAGUUUAUCUGUACAGAGACAGAGAAGAAAAGAAACAUUUGCUGCAGCUCAAAAAAUUCAUGGUGGAAGUGAAGAAACAGAAGUACCGGGAGCAAUAGGGAUUGUGGACACAGCAUUGGUUAAGUGUAGUCAGAGUAUUUUAGUAGAUGUAAUGUCGGUUAAUCAAAAGUUUAAUCAAUCAGUUAUGCCUAGUAUUUACAAGCCUAAGUUAGGAGAAUUUGAGUCUUCCACUGAAAACAUGAUUCGCAGUGUUUCAGUAUAUUAUAGCGGUGGUGUAGCUGGAAAAAAAAAGUAUAGAAAAAUAUACAAAGAUUCCAGCUACAAGAUUGCUAUGCAAAGUAAGGGUAAAAAACGUGUUCGGCUAUCCGUCAAUAAUUGUCCCAUCCCUAGGCUUGUGCCAUAUAACAAAUUAAUGCCUUUUAUCAAGUCUAUACCAGUAGGAUCUAUGUAUAGUGUAUAUGAAACACUUUGUGAAGGUCUUGAUGAGGAAUACAAAGUACAUGGUUGUUAUAGGAAUUUGGCAGAAUUGUUGAUAAAGUUGGCAGAAUUUUAUUUAAGUGGUUGUAGUGGUCACACACUUGUGUGGUUUGAGGAAGAAUACAAGUUUUAUGUUUCCCUGGGUGGUGAUGGGGCGCCUUUUGGGAAACAUGAUACUGCAUGUGCGUGGUUGGUUGGAUUUUUGAACAUUGGCUGA